AGUCACAUCGGCUCAGGACGCAAGUAGCGAACGCCUAGCGCCAUGCUGCCAUCCUGCGAGUUCAUGCGCAUGAGUGCUGAGGUGGAGCAUGAGGAGAGCAAAGCGGAGAUGGUCCACUCGGACCCAGAAGCUCCCAUCGUUGUGAGCAUGACUCCCGCUCCGGAGUUCCAGGUGGAAUCUUUGCAGCUGCUGCUGCUCGAGCAAGAGCAGCGGAUAAAGUUGCAUUUCGAUCAAAAGAUUGAGGAGCUUCAAGAGCACAUGGUCAGGAUGGUGCAAGGACCUACGACGAGCCCAACUGUGCCCCACCACCGGAUGCCCCACGAAAGGAUGCCUCGGACGAGCAGACGAUCGAGUGGACGAGAAAGUGGAGACGCAACUCGGGGAGCCUCAUGGGGAGUGCCGAAGAAUUUCAUUGAGAUGGUCCACCGUGUAAUGGACUCAGAGGGCUUAAAGCACAGUCCCAGCCAAAAGACCAGCACAGUAGUGAGGAAGUUGAGGUGUGCCUGGUUGCCGGUACUUUGGCACUAUUUUGUUGACUUCAUUGCUCUGAGCUAUGUGAUUUUCAUCGGCAUCAACCUGCAGUUCGGAAGCCAUGGCGGUCCAUUGGAAUGGGCUCUCCCGAUUGAAAUUCUGUUCUGCAGCGUCAUUGGCGUGGACCUCCUCGUGAAGAUGUGCACGCAGCAACAGAAGUUCUUCACUGGACCUAGACGGUGGUGGAAUUUCUUUGAUUCUUUUUGUCUCUUGGUGUUGAUUGUGGCGGCCGCCCAAGGCUCUCGUGGCCUGGAGACAGCCUCAGGCUUAGUCCGUGGAGGGCGUGCCCUACGAAUCGUGGGGUGCUUCUCGACGGUACAGGAACUGAGGCAGUUUAAACAGCUGCGUGUGAUGAUUGCAUCGAUGAUCCGGAGCCUGAAGGUCAUGCUUUGGCCUGCUUUGAUGGUCUUUGUCUUCAACUAUUUUUGUGGGCUGAUUUUGACAGAAAGCAUGUGGUCAAACUGUCCAAACAGUAGCAUACUGUGCGAGAAAUUCGGUGACUUGCAAUCAUCGAUGAUCACCUUGUACCAAAUUCAAUACAGCGGAAUGCUAUGGCACGAGGUUUGGCAUGAAAUGCAGCACUCCGAGUGGUAUGUCCAAGUCUUCUUCAUUUGCUCCACCGUCUUCGGGCUGAUGGUUGUGGUGAAUGCAACCACCAGCUUCAUGUGCGGCCUUCAAAGUUAUAUUUGGAAGAAAGAGCGAGCAACUUUCAGCGAUCUGGAGGAGGAGUUGAAGAAGUUCUAUGCAAGCUUCAGAGAGAUCGAUCAAAACCACAACGGAACCAUUUCUGAGGUUGAAUUCAAGCUUGUAAUGGAAAAUGAGCAGAUGCUUGCACUUCUAGAAGCGCUGGACGUGGAUACGUCAGAUGCUGUGAAAGUCUUUGAGAUCUUGGCCUCCCAAAGCACCGGUGGGAUUGAAGUCACCGACUUUCUUCUGGGUUGCUUGCGGCUUCAGAGAGGUACCACAGCUGUGGAUAUCAUCCGCAUCCAGAUGCAACAAGAAUGGGGACACGACGCCCUAGUGAGUAUGAGCACAGUGUUACAAAAGACCAGCGCUGACUUUCAGGAAGCGCUGCAUUCCCUUUCAAUCACGACAACGGCCAUGGAGCCGUUGUCGGCGGGGAUUUCUGGGGGGGGACCUUCUUUGACGAAGUCAUGGACACGGCGACAGAGCAUUCAUGCAGUUCCAGAGUUGAUGGCCUCAAAUGAUGAGGAGGAGUUGAGGGAAGUGCUUCGUCACAAUCAGCGGACGAAUCUUGGGAGUGAAGAUCGAGCAGUUACAGUGCCUGAGAUGCAACAGCUGUUGCAGGAGCUCUUUGGAAUGUGCGACGGGUGGAAAGAUGCCUUCACAGGCAAAGCAGUGCAAAGUGGAGAAGCCAAUUUGUACCAGUUUGCCUAUCAUUGUAUUUUGCCUCGGACGGCUCCCUAUGACGGCGUUCUCUUGCAAUGGCCAGCAUCGAUGACAGUCAUCCCCGAAGCCGGGCAAGAAGUUUGCCAAAGAAGUGGCCAGAUGGAGAUGGCACUUCCAGUCGCUCGUGGUAAAGUGCUUCGUGCAGAAAAAGUCGAGGACGUGCACGGCGAGAAGUUGAAGAUUUGGAUUCGUUUACUGCAAGGACAGUUCCAACCCAUGUGCUCUGAGAUCUGGUGUGGAACCAGCGUCCUUCCGGGAGAAGAGAUGAGUGUGGUGGCUGAAAAGUCCAUCAGCUACAAAGAGCAUUUAUCAACCAGAGCAUGCAAGUCUGAAUACUACACCUCUCAUUGGUGGGGCGAGCCCGUUCGCUCCUUUGUGCAGUGCUGCCGGAAGCACGCAGAGUUGCGCCGGCUAGAAGAAGGCACUGGGUACUGGGUUUGUGGCUAUGCCAAUCGCCAGCAUGAGCUUGGCUUGGACAUCGCAGAUGAUGUUGUUGCCACGUCUUUCUUCGCAGCCCUCAAAACGUCCAAGGGUCUACUGGUGAUUUUGGAUGAAAAGGCAACUCCUUUCUCCCGCAUCUGGUGCGACUUUGAGCUUUAUGCAGCGAUCAUGAACAAGGCGAUGGAGCUCGAUAUCGCAGCAGCCAUUGGCACUGAGAAAACCAGGAUUUUGACCACAAACCUUGUCCCUGGCGAGUCUUCUGUUGCAAAAACCAAGCGCGAGCAGGACUUCCCAAUUGAUCUGUUGGGUCGUGGUCUUGAACUUUGUCUUGAGGAAGGCAAUGCAACGGUCAAGGAGGACAAGGAACACAUCUUCCGAGCCAUUGCUGACAACUACGACCUAAGUUCAGAAGAAGGAGAGGCACGGUUGCGCCAGAACUUAGACCGAGCCAACAAUACCCUUCGGUCAACCUUGGCAGUUCUUGCUUGGCCCCAGGCCAUGCAGAAGAAAGGGCGCCCUGGCAUGGACAAGAUCUGCAACGCCUUGCGCUCGGACGGUUUCAGAGAGUCCUUAGAGUUGAGCUUGGCGCACGUCGAGGGCUGCGACAAUGCUGCGGUGAAGAAGCUGGCGGAAUCGUUGCCCAGCUCUUUGAAGAAUCUCAAGCUCAGCUUCGAGGGUUGCAGUCAUUUAACAGACUCCUCUGUGCAAGCACUGGCGGGACAGGUUUCGCAGCUGAAGUCUCUGGAGAUCCUUCACCUGGACUUUGUGGGCUGCGAAUACCUGACGGAUGCGAGCCUGAAGUCAGUCGGCGACCGUGUCAGCAAGUCGAAACUCAUCGAAUUAGAACUCCAUUUCGCGGGUUGCAAACGUUUGCAAGAAGGUGGCGCCUUUUCAUUGCAAGAGAACCUUCCAGAGUCAUUGCGACGCUUUAAAGCCAAUUUCAAAGGCACGCAUGUUGACCGAACCUUUGACAAUCUGACGCAGUUUAAAGGGUACCAGAAAUCCUGGCGUCCCUUCCCUUUUGAAUUGACUGCGUAGUGCCAUGACACUGUGGCAGCAUUUACAUAGUUGGCCAAGAUGUGUCGGGACCAGUUGAUGUCUAUUUAGAACCAAUUACUAUGUGUGUGUAUGCCCCACGCAGCCCGCAAAGUGAUGACACAGAAACCAUCAUUCCAGAUCUCACGGUGGUCUAACUAUGCGACUGCAGAUUCGUCGUCGCAAAAAAUGGGGCCCCAAAUCUGGCAGGGCAGUAGAAGAAGGGAUUGCCUUUUGCUGGCCAAACAUAUACCUAGUUUUGGUGCCAAAAGUUCGACUAAAGAGCAAGAUUAUCCGUGAGUGCUGGCAUAAACGUUUUGCAGCACGCUGCUUGGAAAACGAUGAAUAAUGAGUUGCACAUCACUUGCACUGACCCUUCCUUGCCUCCACGCCAGAGCUUCUGUUCGCAAGGUCUUGCGGCCUUCUUUUCUGCGCUGCAGAAUCGCUUACUUGAUGUAGUCCGAUCCAAACCACUGCAGUACAGCAAGCCUGCGCGCAGAUGCUUUGGGAGACCAAAGUGUUGAGAAUACUGCGUGCUGUAAGGGACCAGAAUGCGGAGGCCUGAGCUUGUGCGCUCUAGUAAUGACUUCUGACCUUGAAAGCCUGUUGUGGAUAGCUGGGCGUGGAAGAUGCGCCGGCCAAGGCGCAUGGAAAUGCGGUGGCGGCUGAUGCUUUCUGAAAUUCUCCCCUCCCCCCUGGCAGUGGAGUCUUUUAUGUGGAUGUGACCACCUAGUCUACCCAGCAUCCGUGAUCUACUGUCUUCUGCGCCCGUGAUAUGUUGCCUUUUAAUUUGAAGCUUUAGUACUUCUCAAGUGUGGCCGACAGGCUGUGACACACCGGGACACCGAUUGCCUAUGGGAACUGUUGACAGCUCCAUAUACCCAACCAACGGAGUUCCCGACUCGUGUGCAAAAACAAUGACUUCUGGGGCCAUGACCGCCUUUCUUGUAAAGUGCCAACGCUUUCGCUCCGCCUGUGCACCACAGUGGAUGCUAUGACCGGGCGCCAUUGAGCCGGCCACUCAGUUUUUGGCAGUGCGCACAAAGGCGUGGCAGUAUGCAAACGUAACUGGGGACCAGCCACAUUUUCAGAAAAAAUGCGUUGCCAUGUGCACGGAAGGGGCCAUUUCUGUCACCACAAAGCCAUUGAACAGUUGGCUUCAUCGUGGUGGGCCCUUGUUGCAAACACAUGGUUUAAACAAAGGCAAAAGGUAGGUUGAAAAAUCUUUGUUGUUCAUGGCAAUUCCUUCUCAACAGACCUUUGGGGCUUUGACUGGCCAUGUCCCACAUCAUGCCACAUCAGGCCACAUGACGCGCUAUCCGAAUCCCAAAGGGAUGUCAGAGGUCUUUGAUCGAUGUCCGCAAUUCGCCAAAGUUGCGCUUUGCAGUGCCAGUGGAAGCCUCCUGAUCAUCAAUCAAGGAGAGCGUUUGGCAAUCUUUUAAAGACGAGUGAUGAGCGUCCAUGAAAACCAAAUCAUAGAAGGUGAGAGCUGGAUAUUUUUCGGGGACCGGACGUCUCCAGUUUAGAGAAAUGCCAU